AUGACCAUGGAUAAAAUCCGAUUUGGUGUCGAAUUCGAAAUGGUCGUUCGGCCAAAGGAAGAAGUCAUCCCUCUUCUUGUAGAGUAUUUCGGUUUUGAUCUGACAGAGCAUGAAGACGUAGUGCCCAAAGCAGCUUGGCGAUUCACGAAUCGCGACUCCGUUCUCCGUUUUUUCCGCUACUAUCUUCAACAAGGAGAGCAAGACGGAUACGCCAAUGCUGGUCCAGAAGUUGGCAAUUACACUGCUUGGUCCGUUGUCGAUGACCUUUCUAUCAAGGAGGAGCAUUUUACCUACGGCAUCGAGCUGGUGUCGCCAGUUUUCACUUCCAAUAUCGGUCCGUGUCUCCGCGACGCCACCGGCGACUGGCAAUACGAACUUGUGAAGCUUUGGGCGAAAAUCGAAAAUUAUUUCGACAUCGUCACUGUGUCCAGCCACCACUGUGGUACACACAUCCAUCAGCCCUACGCUAUGCCAAACUUCCAAGUCAGACCUGAGCCAACUAUGGACGGCCUGAAGGAAGCGCCCCUCGAAGACUUGGUUGAGUCAAUGAUGCCACGUCGUGAGGAUUUUGGGGAAAAUGGCGUUAUUGCCGCUGCAAACACAGACAUCCAGAUUCUCACUUUUCGACGCUUCUUCAGUCAAUCAUUCACAAUGGCACCCAGCAAGCCUGGUACGUACACAGAAUCAGUUGAGGUCCGGGAUUCAGCUAAUGGAGUUCCGCAUGAAGCCGGCAUCAAGAAGCCCAAGGCCAAGGCCAAGGCAAAGUCCUUGCCCUUGGAAGCCGAUCUCGUCGCCAAAGUGGCGAAAAAUACCAAGGGUGAAACAGUCCCAGUUUCGGAGGGGUCCGAACAAUUUUUUUUGAACAAGCGAGACAACUUGCUCGCGCUUGGCCUAGCCAAGGAAAGGGACUUUCGAGCCCUUGAGAAGGCCUAUCUGGCCGAAGAAGAGAGAAUCCUGGCUGCGGCCGAUAAAUGCGAUGAACAGGCCAAAGAGGCAAAGGAGGCCAAUGCGCCUCUUGGUGAAAAGAAUUUUCUCGUGAGCAAUGAGCCAUUCUCUUGUUCAUCAUUUCGCAUAACAACGACGAGCUUAUACAGUAACUAUGGUCCAACCCCUGUCGUGGUCCACAAACCUUCCAGAGACUGUGUCAUGAAAGUGGAUGCGCUCUUCCCUCUUCUCAACUACCACCUCUACGAUGGUCCGUUCCAGUCGCCGAUACUAUCCCUCGCCGUCCUGGCCGUCAACUCGGCCACCAGCAUCGGCAUCUGGUACAAGCUAAGGAGAUACCCUGGCUACAUGUCCGCGCUCGCCAAGUUCGCCCUCAUCAUCGCCUCCGAGAAGGCCCAGCUCAGCCCACCUAUCCGGUCCGGGGCCGGAGAGCGCCGUCUCUUCUCUGGCAAGGAGCUGACGCUCAACCAGCUGCUGGACCAGACGCUCCGCGGCGUCACGUACCGCACGGAAGAUGCCUUGCACGAUAUCCCCAUGGCCGUCGUCCACCGGUGGCAGGGCGCGUCAUUUACAAAUAUGCCUGCAUGA